GGCGUACCUCCGGAGCAGAGAUUUGCGCGUCCCAGAGAGGGGUCCCACUCGCCUGCUUGUGACGUCACCGUGACCUACAAGAAGGAACCGCACCCUCGCCCCGCUCUCAGUGGUCAAUUGGGUCCUCCGCAGCUCUGUCAGAUUUCGACUGUCCUCCGGAGCUACGGCACCGAUUGUCUGAGAAGCUUUACAAGAUAGCACCUAUAUGUUUGCUCAAGCCAUGGAUUAACACAUUGACGACCGCGUGACACACAUGGUGUGUCAAGGCUUGAUUUUCAUUGAAAUGGCUACCAUGUUGGCUACCACAAUCACUUCAAGAGUUUUCUUCUGUGCUGGAUCUAUGUAUAACCUUCACUGUUUUUGUCCUCAACGCUACUGUAGAACAAGAAAUAGGAAGAUAAGGUGAGCAUCUAUCAAGUCUCAUAAGAUUUCCACUUUUGGAGAAGUGUUGGACAACCUUCUGCUGUUUACUACGACGUGUGCACGCCCUUCUCUCUGGAUUCCAAACCUGCUAAGACAUCGAUUUCAUAGUGAUGAGAUGAACAGUGCCCAGUCACGAUGUGAUGAUGAAAGAUGUUGGGAUGGGGAUGCCUCACGGAACCAACAUAACAUGGAUCCAAACGUAUCUCUACGAUUUUGGCUCUGGCGAGAUUAAAUUGCCUUCAGAGUGGACGAGAAUCAGUUACUGGGGACAUGACGAAGAAGGGAUUGAAAUAGUACGAAGUGGAGGUGCCUUGCUGUGGGAGAUGUACCAACCAACCGAUUUUGCCCGACCUUGGGAUCUACGAGGACCACGCAGUGUUACAAAAAUUCUUAUACGAGAUCAAGAAUCUUGUGAAAGGUUUUUGGAAGAUCGGCGGUUUCUUCAGUAUCUGAACGAGAGGAAGACUGACUUGAUUGUUUUCGACAGCCUGCUGCAGGAGUGUUUGGGAUCGGCCGUUUCUCUUCUGGACGCUCCCACAAUACAAUAUUCGAAUUGGCCUAUUGCAGAUGGUUACAUCACCUCCUUGAAUAUACCGGCUAAUCCUAGUGCCAUUCCCAAAACAGCAACUCCCUACAGUGGUUUGGGAAUGACAUUUUAUCAAAGGAUUAUCAAUCUCUUGUUUCACUGGAAUAUCAUCAUUGCUCGAUAUAUGCAGCAGUCCUGGAAUGAUGACAGUUUCACAAGAAAAAAUCUCCCUAAGGUUGAUUUAUUUGCAGCUGAAGCAAAAAGGAUAAUUUACGCUGGGAGAUCGGAAUUCUUAUUCGAUGUCGUUCGACCGAUCAACAAUCGCGUGAAGCACUUUGCAAGCAAUAUCUUGUUGAAACCUGGCGACUUUGUCACUGUGAUCCCAGACAUUUCGGAACAACCAAACAUUUCAAUGUGUGACGAAGCGAAGCGCAGCCAUAACGCUAUAAGAUUCAACCACUCGUCUUUGCAAUCUGAGCAGCAAGUCUACUGUUGCCACAGGCGUACACGGCAUAGAUCAAAUACUAUACGACGUCCAGAACUCUAUAAUGGACUAAACAGAACCUCAGUAAAUCAACGAUUCAAGGAGAUAGCUACAAACUAUCCCAUUCUUCAAUGGCAUUCCCUCGUCAACGAAAAGUUUAUUCUAGUAAGCUUUGGCUCCCUUGCCCAGGCUCAGUACAUGUCAAAUGAGAUUGCUCGCAAACUCAUCUAUGCCUUCUCGCAAUCCCCUUUCAAAGUCAUUUGGGCAACAAAUUCUUACCCUGAACAGCUAACAUGGACCAAGAAUAUGACAAUACCUAAAAACAUAGUGCUAAUCCGUUGGGCACCAUUGAAAGAAAUGUUAGCUCACCCCAACCUGCAGUAUCUUAUCAGCCAUGGAGGAAUUAACACCGUAAACGAACUGCUUCUAUUUGGAGUUCCCAUGAUUGGAGUUUAUCUACAAGGAGACCAAGGCUCCAAUGUCAGACGCCUUGCCGAUCUUGGCGUCUGUAAGACAAUUUCUAUGCUUAGAAUAUGGCAAGAUGAGCUACCAAUUGUCAUGAGAGAGUUCGAGCAAGACUUGGAAAGUUACUGGAACAGGGCACGCCAGCUUUCCUCAAUGACUGAGACUUAUCAUAAAUUACAUGCUAGUGAACAAAACUUUUGGAUUGGUUGGAGUAUACGUCAUGGACAUGAACUCUACAACAGAACUUUGUUCAGAAUGGAAUACAUUGGUGAUACUGAAAACUUGUUCUGGUUUAGCAUUGCUGUAAUCCUAAGUACGCUUUUUUCCCUGCUUCUCAUGUAAAGUGCAAUGUAGCCUUACAUCACGUUGAUCUCACUUUCUAUCUUGCAUCACGCGGCUAUUAACAAUAAAAAUGAUGAC